AUGGAAGUAUCUGCAAUUGUAUAUACUAACGUUGUGCAACGCACGCUGACUGGCUUCGCAGCGUCUGUGAACCACUACACGACCUUCCCCACCGCACCACCUCGAGAUCGCGGCCGACAGGACAUUGGCAGCGGCGACGAAUCCGAAGACCGCCACCAUGAAUCGCCGUUACCGACGCGACAGCUGAUUGUGCUGGCCAUCAUAGCUCUCGCCGAGCAGACGGCACUCAACUCAAUCAGUCCCUAUCUCCCGGAGAUGACCAAACACUUCCCGGAAGUAAAGGAAGGGCAGACUGGCCUCUACGUCGGGCUCAUCGCGUCGUCGUUUGCGCUGGCGCAGUUCACGACAAACUUCUUCUGGGGCUGGCUGUCGGACAGGAUCGGGAGGAAGCCCGUCAUCAUACUUGGCACCUUCCUCACCAUGUGCUGCUUUCUGGCUUUCGGAUUCUGCAGAACACUCUGGCAGGCCGUCAUGGUGCAGGCCUUGAUGGGCUUGGUCAACGGCAACUCUGGCGUCGUUUCAACAUGCUUGGGUGAGAUCACGGACCGGACCAACCAGUCGCGCGCCUUCACAUAUCUCCCCGUGGUAUACGGGAUCGGCGGCAUCACAGGACCCAUUGUUGGCGGCUUGCUGGUUUUCUACAAGAACCCGCUCAACAAGAGCCAGAACAACCCAUACCCCUAUCUUCUGCCCAACUUGUUUUCGGCUGCGGUGCUCGCUAUCGAUCUAGUGGUAUGUAUGCUCUUUCUGGAGGAGAGCCACAAUGAGGCAAAGGAUCUGCCACCUAUUGGUAAGCGACUGGGCAACUUGUUCGCGUGGAUGUGGCAAUUCACGAGCUCGUCACGGCCAACCUAUGUGCGGCGCCUGUUCGGUAAGCGCAAAGAUCAUCACAUCCCCGACAUCAACGGCACAGAAGAGGAAGAUGACGAGGACGACGGAUCAGACAUUUCAGGCGAGUCAGCACCGACGCUGUUCCCCCAUACCAACGGCGAGGUCCUCUCGCGAAAAGAGAUUCUCAACCGCGAUACCGUGCUCCUCCUCAUCACCUACUUCAUUUUCCAACUCGCAAACAUAUCCUACAACUCGCUCUACCCUAUCUUUGCCGAAGAACUUCCGCCUACGGGGCGUGGUCUGAAACCCGAGGCUGUUGGGCUGUCGUUGUCUUUUGCAGGCGCUAUAACCAUUGUGUUCCAAGUGGGCAUAUUUGGUAGGCUCCGUAACAAGAUGGGCAACAAAGUGGCAUACAGAGUCAGCUUGGCGCUGUUUGUUGCUGCAUUCAUCUUGAUGCCGUGGGUGGGCUACAAGAACAGCGACCCGUACAAGGGCAUCGGGAGCGGCGCAGCUUGGCUUUGGUUUGAGCUCGGUGUAGUUUUGGUGAUCAAGACAAUCGCAGGUGUCGGUGGUUUAACGGCUGCCUUGCUCUUAAUCACCAACUCUGCACCAAACCACAACGUUCUCGGCACCUUGAACGGCUUGGCACAAACACUUUCUGCUGCUGGUCGUGCGGCAGGACCAUUCAUCUCUGGCUCGCUCUUCACUGCGGCAACCAAGAUUCAGCCAAAAGGAGAGGCACUGCCUUUCGGAAUCUUCGCGGGCAUUUCGCUCAUUGGGUUCUUUAUGAGCUUUGGCAUCCGUGGCGCAGGGCUCGAGGACGAUGACUGGAGCGAUGAAAGCGAGGAAGAAGAGAACGACGACGAAGAAGAAGUUAUCGGGGAGAGCUCGAACGAGCGAACGAGUCUAAUACGAAAGUAGGCCAUUUGUAUCUGUUGUCAAUAGGUUCGAAUUUGUUGCCUUGUCAUACCUUAGACUCUCCACCAAGCGCAGCGUUGCUAUGUCACUGGUAGAAAUGGAUAUAGAUCAUUGUGGUCCUGCAUCACGCAAGUAUAUAUUGUACAGUAUCUAUGAAUAGACAAAAGCAAAACUCGGAUUGAUUCA